CGCCAUUGUGAGAAGUGGAGGCAGGGACCCAUCGCGCCGCUCCCGCCGCUGGCCAGCAGCCCGGAGGCGCUCGUCCCCGCGACCGCCUCGCCUGGAGGCCCGCGGCUCGCGACGCGCCCCGCGCGUGGGAGGGCGCGGACGAGCCCCCGGGGAGCAGCCGGGCUCCGAGCGAGCGCGCUCGGCCCACGGAGAAGCGCCGCCCGCCCGGGCCGCGCUGGCCCCGGCUCUCAGCGCCAUGCCCUGCGGAGAAGACUGGCUGAGCCACCCGCUCGGGAUCGUGCAGGGCUUCUUCGCCCAAAAUGGAGUUAAUCCUGACUGGGAGAAGAAAGUUAUUGAAUACUUCAAGGAAAAGCUGAAGGAAAACAAUGCUCCUAAAUGGGUACCAUCACUGAAUGAAGUCCCCCUUCAUUAUUUGAAACCUAACAGCUUUGUCAAGUUCCGUUGCAUGAUUCAGGAUAUGUUUGACCCUGAGUUUUACAUGGGAGUUUAUGAGACGGUUAACCAGAACACAAAAGCACGAGUUCUUCAUUUUGGAAAAUACAGGGAUAUAGCAGAAUGUGGGCCUCAACAGGAGCUUGACUUAAGCUCUCCACGAUCUACCACCGCAGAAAGACAGACCUUCUACUGUGUCCCAGUGCCUGGGGAAUCUUCAUGGGUCAAAGAGGCCUAUGUCAAUGCAAACCAAGCUCGAGUCAGUCCCUCAACUUCCUAUACUCCCAGUCGGCACAAGAGGAGUUAUGAAGAUGAUGAAGAUAUGGACCUACAGCCCAGUAAACAGAAAGACCAGCAUGCAGGUGCCCGGCAGGCAGGGGGCCUUGGCGGCCUUCACUGGUGCGGAGAGCCAAAACGCUUAGAGACGGAAGCUUCUGCCGGGCGGCCGCCGAGCUCCGUGAGCCUCUCCUCCCCAUUCGACCUGAACUUCCCCUUGCCAGGGGAGAAGGGCCCUGCCUGCCUCGUUAAGGUCUAUGAAGAUUGGGAUUGCUUCAAAGUCAACGAUGUUCUAGAGUUAUAUGGUGUGCUGUCUGUGGAUCCUGUCCUGAGCACACUGAAUAAUGAAGAAAGGGAUGCCUCUGCACUCCUGGACCCCAUGGAGUGCACAGACAUGGCAGAAGAGCAGAGGGUGCAUAGUCCUCCAGCUUCGUUAGUGCCAAGAAUUCAUGUGAUUUUAGCCCAGAAGUUGCAGCACAUCAAUCCUUUGUUACCCACUUGCCUUAACAAGGAAGAGAGCAGAACCUGUAAGUUUGUGUCCAGUUUCAUGUCCGAGUUGUCUCCGGUCAGAGCAGAGCUGCUUGGAUUCCUCACUCACGCGCUCUUGGGAGAUAGUUUGGCCGCUGAGUACCUUAUACUGCAUCUCAUCUCAACAGUAUAUACAAGAAGAGAUGUUCUUCCACUAGGAAAAUUUACAGUUAACCUGAGUGGCUGCCCACAAAAUAGUACCUUCACAGAACACCUAUAUCGGAUCAUUCAACACCUUGUUCCAGCAUCUUUUCGUCUGCAGAUGACGAUAGAAAACAUGAACCAGUUGAAACUCAUUCCCCACAAAGACUAUACAGCCAAUCGACUGGUCAGUGGCCUCCUCCAGCUGCCCAACAACACGUCCCUGGUCAUUGAUGAAACUCUUCUAGAACAAGGGCAGUUGGAUACCCCAGGUGUUCAUAAUGUGACUGCCCUGAGCAACCUGAUCACCUGGCAGAAGGUGGAUUACGACUUCAGUUACCACCAGAUGGAGUUCCCAUGCAACAUCAACGUUCUCAUCACAUCCGAGGGGAGGUCACUACUCCCGGCAGACUGCCAGGUUCACUUACAGCCGCAGCUGAUGCCACCCAACAUGGAGGAGUACAUGAACGGUCUGCUGGCGGCCGUGCUGCCGGCCGUGCUCAACAAGUUCCGCAUCUACCUGACCCUCUUGAGGUUUCUGGACUACAGCAUCUCAGAUGACGUCACCAAGGCGGUUGAAGAUGAUUUUGUGGAAAUGCGUAAAAAUGACCCUCAGAGUAUCACAGCUGAUGAUCUCCACCAGUUGCUCGUGGUGGCUCGGUUUCUGUCGCUGAGUGCCGGUCAGACAACAUUGUCAAGAGAACGGUGGCUACGAGCAAAGCAGCUGGAGUCUUCCAGGAAAAACAGGCUUCAGCAGCACAAGUGUGUGAAUGGGAAUGAACUUUAGAAGAGAAGGGCGGCCAUCUGUAGCCUCCGUGUUGUACAAUUCAGAUUCGUUUAUACCAUAUUGUUUUAUAAAUAAUUUGUAUCCACAAACAAUGACUUCCUGAAAUCAAGCCUGAUGACGUCCAAAGUUUAUAUGAUUCUCUGUAAGGGCUUUUACCUUACUGGUUUUAUGGAGUUUUGGAGUUUGUUUUAUAAUUAGUUAUGAUGUACAAAGAUGUAUUUGAUAUUAAAGGUUUGAUAAUGAUAAUGUUGCUGAUCAUACACCAUUUCCUUAGCCAUGGCUGCAUCUUGGGCCAGACUCUUGAAGUACCAGCUUCACCUGAGGAGUUCUGGAAGAGCUGUGCGUUCAUUUCAGUCUGGUCUGAGUGUGUCCAGGGGAUGGACUUGCCAUUGACUCAUGUGAACUCUCUAGUGUCAUUUUCCACAUAUCUGGCCACAGAAACUCUUUCUCACUUACCAGCUAUUAACAGCCUGCAGAAUUAGGCUUUUCCACGGCAGGAGUUCCCAACUUUUGGAUUCCAUAGACUAGUAUACCUCCAAAGAGUUCUGGGGUAGAGUUGCCAAUUGAUUUUGCCAAGUCAUUUGAAAAAAAAAAAAAAAAAAAAAAACACUGUGAUCACCAUUUUGUUUUCAUACAAGGACACUCUGACAAGAGACUCUUUUGAUGGAAUAAAUGCAGCUUUGUGAAGGUCACUCCAUUGUCCUUAGCUUUUCUCAUACCCUGCAUUUGGGAACUAUCAUUUUAAUGGACUCUGAAGGGAAUGCUGCCCCACAGAACCUUGUCCAAACAUGAAAAAGUCAACUUAAAUUGUAAACUUUGAGGGGGGUUAGAAUCUUUCUAUGGUGCUGUGUAUUGAACCCUGGCCCCCUCGUACAUGCUAGAGAAGUACUGUACCACUAAACCACAUCCCCAGCCUGUGGGGGGUGGGGACUUUGGUCAUUUUCCUCAUUAUUUAGCUGAUUUGACGAAUGUACUGCAUUUUGAGCUUUUAAUAUAAGUUUUUCAGAUAGUUUCCAAGUGUGUUAGAUGGGUAACAUCAUUUGUUAGUGCAGUAAAGGCCCAAAGUUUGUUAGUGCAGUAAAGGCCCAAAGUUAUAGGUAGGUUUUCCUCAGAUCUAUUCAUUUUGAGAUGUGUAUUUUCAAAUAAGCAAAAGUUAUUACUUAUGAUUUGCAAAUUAAUAUAGUAUAACGGUAAUUGUGGCAACAAUCUUCAGAAAGGUUAGAACAUUGCUUUUAAGCUAUUUGUGAUGUACAUGAAGAUGGAUUCAUUUGAAAACAGAUGAAUCAGUGGUCCCUUAUCUUUUUCCUAUUAAAGAGGCUUACAUUGACAUUGUUAACCAAGGAAACAGGGUCAGCCUUGAUAAAUCAAGUUAGCCUAAUGAAAGGAAGUACAAACUACUAGUUGUCAGCAUUCUUUUCCUAACCUCAAAUCUAUUUUUAUAAGCUAAUGUAAAUAGUGUUCAUAUUAGAAUUCUAACUGGUUUUCAUUUUUAUAACUGGUAGAUAAGAUCUUCCUUCAACCUUUGAAAAUAAAAUGUUCACAUAGAUUUUUGAAAAUGCAUUUUCUUUGUCCUAGAACAAAGUUUUAGUUUAUCGUGUCCAACGGUACCAAUGUAAACUGUAAUUUGCCAAAGAGAAGUCAUAAUUUUGCUUGAUCUCACAGAAAAGUUCCCUUGAGUAACCUUGUCUAGUAAAUAAAACUUCUAAAUCACCA